AAGCAGUCAAUUCAGCCUUUGAGCUUGGAAAGUAAUGAGUCACUCAUCACUCCCAACAAAGACGCAACCAAAUACUGUGGAGUUUAAAAAGUGUUCUUGAAAGAGGUAUCUUACUGUCUUUAACGUUUGGACAUGCCACCUCAAAUGGAUUACUUUUACCAAGAAUCAAGAUUUCCGUCUGUGUGCUUGGAGCAAAACGACGCUCUGGACCCUACGAUUAGUUGCAUGAUGGUUGGGGAUGGAGCUGUUGGAAAGACUAGUAUGAUUGUAAGCUACACAACUAAUGGAUAUCCGACGGAUUAUAAACAGACAGCUUUUGACGUUUUCUCAGGACAAGUUCAGGUGGAUGGGACCCCUGUACGAAUUCAGCUGAUGGAUACUGCUGGACAGGAAGAAUUUGAUGAAUUCAGAUCUCUGUCUUACGCACACACGGAUGUCUUCCUCCUCUGCUUUAGUGUGGUAAAUCCCACAUCAUUCCAGAACAUAACCAAGAAAUGGAUCCCUGAGAUUCGUGCAUGCAACCCAUCGUCCCCUAUCAUUUUAGUUGGAACGCAAUCGGACCUUCAGUUGGACGUUAAUGUUCUCAUAGACUUGGACAGGUACAAGGUCAAACCUGUGGUCAGCUCAAGAGCACAGAGCCUUGCCGAGAAGAUCAGGGCUGUCGAGUAUGUGGAGUGCUCAGCCCUGACCCAGAAAAACCUAAAGGAGGCCUUUGAUGCUGCCAUAUUUGCAGCUAUUAAGCACAAGGCCAGGAAGGCCAAAAAAUUGAGACUGUCAGACAGACGGACCAAAGCUUUUUCCAAGUGUAGCUGGAAGAAGUUCUUCUGCUUCAUCUGACACUGCAGGUCAAAAUGUGAACUGUUUACAUGAUUAAUUAAUAUAUUUUGGACAAUGCUUUUACCGCAGUGCUUCUGGUCAUUGAGCUUGAUUUUAUGGGUGGAGUCGUUUGCUCUGUGGUGAGCUUCCCAGGAACAGAGUCACUUAAGGUGCUGUGUUGCAACCCUUUGGAUUAAAGGAAUAGUUCACUCAAAAAUUACAAUUCUCUCAUUUACUCAUGAGUAUCAUUCCAAACCUGUAUGACUUUUUUCUUCUGUGGAACCCAAAAAAGACAAUUUCAGCAUUUGUUUUUUUUUUCAAUCACCAUUCAUAAAUUUGUCCAUACAAUAAAAGUGAAUGGUGACUGAGGCUAACAUUUUACCUAACGUCUCAUGUGCUCCACAAAAGAAAGAAAGUAAUAUAGGUUUGGAAUAACAUUAUGAUUAAAUGACGAUUUCCCCGAACCAUCCCUUAAAGUGCAUUUUUAUCGCAAAGUCUGUAUGCAAUACAUGUUGUAUGAUUUAUAGACACAUUAUGAACUCAAAGCAAAGUUUAGGAAACGUUUGAGAAAACUAAUCUUAAAUCAAGUAUUGUUCAGAAAGAGCACACACCAUAUGUAAAUGAUAUGAAUUCAUGAGAUGGAUAGCUGCCUAUUCAAAGCUUUAUAGAGCUCACAUGGAGAUGUCUCUGAUGGUAGUGGGGACAAGACUGGGUAUCAGUCUUAUCUCUUUUGUGUUGGGUGCUACUUUGUCAGACAGGCUCUUUCAUAUGCAACAGUCAAAACAAAAGCUGAUGUGUAAGUUGUCACCUUAAGUGCUUGCAACCAUAUAAAUCCAACAUCACGCUUAAUGUUUCAGCUUGUCUAUCUGAUAAAUUGCCCAAACUGUUGUAAAAUAAGAUUAUUAGGUUUGUGUGAACAUGAUUUCCUGCAUCAGGGGAAAGUUUGGUAGACCUGCUCUGGAUUUUCAAAGACGAUUUCUGUGUCCUCUCUUGUUCAAAUACAUUGGUAAAGAAGUGAUAGGGCAUACACAGAUACAAUUAUUGACACCCAGCUCAUGUUGUGGAGCCAUGGUUAGUUUAUUUGUUAAUCAUUUUAUCUUUAGAAAAAUGUAUUGAUCUAUUACUGACAGUGUGUACUUAUCUUAAAGUAAGCGGUGCUGUCUUUUUUAUAAAUAUGCUUCUUGUGGAAGAGAUCAUUUUUUAAAUGCUGUUUUUUAACAGUUUUAACUGUUCUAUUUUGAUGCCUCAGGCAAGAAGGAUGUAUCGAUCAUUUAAUCUGUUUGUCGUUUCUUUUUUGUUUUGCCUCCAAUGAUCAAAUUGAAGAAGCACUUUGAAACCGCUUCUCCUUCAGUGUUUCUUUGCAUUACCAAAAAUUAUAUUUAAAUGGCAAAUAUACUUAAAAUACAUUUCCAGUGCUGUUCACAAUACAACUAUCCUCUUUUUAAAGUGUUAUGUGAAAGUUGAUAUUUACAUAAUCUUAUGUUCUUCUUUAAAUAUCAAAUAAAUGAACAACAU